CGAAGCUUUUGAGCUAUAUUGCAACCUCACGAUAGUACUAUCAUACACUUGGUCUAUAUUAUCAACCAACUCUUCCAGAAUAGCACGAGCAUGAGCUUUCCGCUUCAUCACUGGAUCUACAACGCCGCGUCCCAUGGCGAACCAUUCAUGCAACUCAGCUCCGAAAUUAGACCAAGAUCCAAAAGGCAGAGAAUGGAAUUCUGUUUUCUCUAACAUUAACCGUAGAAAGUAUGAUCGCAUAUUCCAAGCGUGCCUGCAGGAGGACAACGUCGAGCGGAACCUCUUGGAUGCCUUUUUUCAGAUCACCGAAAGCGCUUUACCGUCGCGUGAGGUUGAGGAGGCGAAGAAAUUUGUACGAAAUGCUUCAAAAGGGGAAGCCGCACGAAUCCUGACCCGUGCUUGGGUGGAGAGCCGUAGAAAGUCGACUGAUGUUAAUCGACGCCUUCCAGAGUGGCUUGACCCGGACCAGUUAUCUAGUUUUCUCAAGGAACGGUCCGACAAGCCUAUCCACGAAUCAGAUGCAAUUCGGCGCCUUAUUUAUAUACCUGAGCUCACAUUGGAUUAUAUACUCACCCUCGCGAAGACAGCGUCAUGGAAUGAGGUACUGGCUUUGAGAGCCGUUUUACGCCGCCACAUAGCACGUCAAGCAUCGAUCCAAGUGCAUAUACCGCUUACCGGGUUCCUUACAUUUCAUCUAGAACUUAGCCUUCCACAUCUCAUAUUGCGGGAAUGCGGGUCUUCACCGAAUGUGGAAGGGAAUAAAAAAGGCCGAGUGCAACAGCUGACGACAAAUCUCUCCUUCUUGAACAUGGAAUCUAAUACCGGCGAGAAACCUGCUCGUUUCUCCAUCCGCAAAGCACACGACACCAUACUUUUAUUUGGUUGUGACAAUCUGGAAUGGACGGGUUAUAGAUUUUCUGAUCAUAGACCUGAGGAGGAUGACGAUGAGGAGGAAAUGCCGGAUAAGGAUAUAUUCGCCUCAUGUGGUUCGGAUGAAGUACUGGAUGCGUACAAUACAAUAUGGGACCCUAGAGUGUACUUCCUACACGUUGUGGCCAUUCGUAUUGGCGCCGUACUACAUGAGUUCAAGUACUUAGUUCAGAAACUAGAGACGGGUUUCAAUGGUUGGAUGACAGAACGCAUAUACACAAAUCUUCCACACGGCCAGGAUCAAGGAGCUAGUAACAAGCGGUUACACGAGGACACCUUGCAGAUCAAACAAGUUCUGCACGAGUUACGUGUACAUUGGUCUGCGGCUGUACACGCGUGGAAGAAGUUCAGUGAUAUCAAUGGGGAUAUUCUCCACUUUGCUGAUGUCAAGGAUGGGAAUGCCCGACAUGCAUUGAAAAGGAUCAAGAAGUUCUUUGCGGAUCUGUUAUUUUUGGAACAAGAUUUGAAUUCAUUGGACAGGCUGUACGAGGACUCCACUAAAGCACUCAGCCAUCAGACGUAUGAUCUCAGCCAUCAAACUCAUGAUAUCAGCCUCCAAAUAAACAAACUAAGCAAACGCACUACAGCCAUAGCUUUGGUCAGUCAGAAGGCUGCGGAAGAGACAAGUCGCACCACUCGAGUCAACGUGCAGAUCAUCUUGACUACGACACCCUUUGCAAUUGCCCUACAAUACUUUUGUAGCGAACAAAAUCUUUUCGCGAUUAAUCGGACUCCUAAGACUUUCUUGAUUUGUCUUUUCGUACUAUCAUUGACCCUUCCGCUCAUCACCUUUGUCGUUGAGCAACUCAAUCAAUUUGGGAAGUUGUUAUACCAAAAGCUUAUUCAGAGCGCGGGGCGAAAUACUUUACGAAAGCCUAAUGCUGGUAAGUUGCUUCUUUUUAUUAGUAAUCUUUUCGUGGUCAAAGCUAUCUUGCCUUAA